AUGAAAUUCUCAAUUGUCUUGCUGUUCUGUUUGGUAGCUGCAGCCAUUGCUGCUCCCCAAGAUGCUGAUCAUGAUGAACAUGAUGCCCAAAUUCUACGCCAAGAAGUCGAAAAUAAUGGUGUGGAUAAAUACAAUUUUGCUUCCGAAACCAGUGAUGGCAGCAAUGUUCAAGCUGAAGGUGAAUUGAAAAAUGUUGGUACUGAAGUCGAAGCCCUUGCUGUCCGUGGUUCCUACUCCUUCGUUGCCGAUGAUGGCCAAACCUACACCGUCACCUAUGUUGCUGAUGAAAAUGGUUUCCAACCCCAAGGUGCCCAUUUGCCCGUCGCCCCUGAAGCCUAA